AUGGAGCCCAAUCUCGACGGAAAUCUCGAUUCGGAUGCUGAUUCGUUCUCGGAAUCCAAAAUUAGUCAGAAAUUUUGCGACAAUUUGAGGAUAACAACUGAUUCCGGAGAUGGUGCUGUGAAGGACGACGAAAAUGGAGGUUCUAAUGGCGACGGCGGCGAUUCGGAGGAGGAGUUCACCUUUAUGUCCGCCGGAGAAGACGUCUCGACGAUUACUGCGGAGGAUGCGUUCGCGAACGGUCAGAUCAAGCCGAUUUUCCCCUUAUUCAACCGCGAUUUGCUCUUCUCCGGCGGAGAUUCCGCCGCUCUGCGCGAGAGCUUGCCGGCGCGGCCGCCGGUGAAGAAGCUCUUUGUUGAAGCAAGCGGCGACGCCGCCGCUGCCGGUCCGUACUGCGAGUGGUCUAGUGGAAAGGCGGUGGAGGCGACGUCGGCUGAGAUCUGCAGAAAAAGCAACUCCACCGGAUUCUCCAAGCUUUGGCGGUUCAAGGAUUUCCUCGGCCGGAGUAACAGCGACGGAAGAGACGCUUACGUAUUCCUCAACAACAACCAAGCUUCGCCGCCGCCGCCGCCGCCGUCUCCGCCGGCGGCGGAGAAAACAGAGAAGAAAAGCGGUAAAAAGGAAGGGAAGCGUGAGAAGGUGAAGAAGAGCAAAACGACGUCGUUGUCGCCUCACGAAUCGUACCUGAAGAGUAAGGCUAAGGAGGAUCGCCGGCGGUCGUACCUGCCGUACCGGCCGGAAUUGAUGGGGUUUUUCACCAACAUCAAUGGCGGACUAACCAAGAAUGUACAUCCUUACUGA